CACAGUCCUUGAAGUUUAGAGGCCUCUGCUUACCUCUGCCCAACUUUUCACUCUCUGCACUCAAGCCCCCACUGGUACCUACAGGAACAGAGGCAGGCUAGGACUAGAGCAGAGAAGAGAGGGGGCUGGAGACAAGCUGUGAGAGGGUUCAGAAGCCUAGUGUGCUCCCCUGUCCCUGUCCUGUCCACCUGCUUCUGUGGUCACAGCAACAGAAAGGACAGCUAGUAAGAUAGGAAGUGAGGCCUAGUACCUUGUGCGCAGUUGUAUCAUUAGCUGUGAUGCCUAAAAUGUCUCAAGAGAUGGGAGAGCUCACCCAAACCAGGUUGCAGAAGAUCUGGAUUCCACACAGCAGCGGCAGCAGCAGGCUGCAACAGAGAAGGGGCUCAUCUAUACCCCAGUUUACCAAUUCCCCAACAAUGGUGAUCAUGGUGGGUUUACCAGCUCGAGGCAAGACCUACAUCUCCACAAAGCUCACACGCUAUCUCAAUUGGAUAGGAACACCAACUAAAGUGUUUAAUUUAGGCCAGUAUCGACGAGAGGCAGUAAGCUACAAGAACUAUGAAUUCUUUCGCCCGGACAACAUGGAAGCCCUACUUAUCAGGAAGCAGUGUGCCCUGGCAGCCCUGAAGGAUGUUCAUAACUAUCUCAGCCAUGAGGAAGGUCAUGUUGCGGUUUUUGAUGCCACCAACACUACAAGAGAACGACGGUCCCUGAUUCUGCAGUUUGCUAAAGAACAUGGUUACAAGGUCUUUUUCAUCGAGUCCAUUUGUAAUGAUCCUGGCAUCAUUGCAGAAAACAUCAGGCAAGUGAAACUCAGCAGCCCUGAUUACUUAAACUGUGACCGGGAAAAGGUUCUGGAAGACUUUCUAAAGAGAAUCAAGUGCUAUGAGGUCAACUACCAACCUUUGGAUGAGGAACUAGACAGGCACCUGUCCUACAUCAAGAUCUUUGAUGUGGGCACACGCUACAUGGUGAACCGAGUGCAGGACCACAUCCAGAGCCGCACAGUCUACUACCUCAUGAACAUCCAUGUCACACCCCGCUCCAUCUACCUGUGCCGGCAUGGCGAGAGCGAACUCAACCUCAGAGGUCGAAUCGGAGGCGACUCAGGUCUCUCAGCUCGGGGCAAGCAGUAUGCCUGUGCCCUAGCCAACUUCAUUCAGUCCCAGGGCAUCAGCUCCCUGAAGGUGUGGACCAGCCACAUGAAGAGGACCAUCCAGACAGCUGAGGCCUUGGGCAUUCCCUAUGAGCAGUGGAAGGCCCUGAACGAGAUUGAUGCGGGUGUCUGCGAGGAGAUGACCUACGAAGAAAUCCAGGAACACUACCCUGAAGAAUUUGCACUACGGGACCAAGAUAAAUAUCGCUACCGCUAUCCCAAGGGAGAGUCCUAUGAGGAUCUGGUUCAACGUCUGGAGCCAGUUAUAAUGGAGCUAGAACGACAGGAGAAUGUACUGGUAAUCUGCCACCAGGCUGUUAUGCGGUGCCUUCUGGCCUACUUCCUCGACAAAAGUUCAGAUGAGCUUCCCUAUCUCAAGUGCCCUCUGCACACAGUACUCAAACUCACACCUGUGGCUUAUGGCUGCAAAGUGGAGUCCAUCUACCUGAAUGUGGAGGCCGUGAACACACACCGGGAGAAGCCUGAGAACGUGGACAUUACCCGGGAACCUGAGGAAGCCUUGGAUACUGUCCCUGCCCAUUACUGAGCCCUUUCCAAGAGGUCAAGCUGUCUCUGUCCUCACUGUCUUCCACCUUUAGGAACACCUAUCCUUGCCCUUCUCCUACCCACAUUCUGACCUCGGUCUCACUGGGAGAGCCCUGCUUCUAACGAAGAAGUCCUCAAAAGCUCCAAACUAGAUCUCAAUUCCUGACCACAACCAAGGAGCUAUCUAGCUCUGGAUAAAGCUCUUUCUUUCUUAAUUUCUAUUCUCUUAUCAAUGAAGACUUCUUGUACUGCCUACAGGAGAGGAGGAGGUCAUGAUGAGG